AUGCUGUCCUGCUUCUGGGUCCUCUCCAAGCACAUGGGCCCUGCACGAAUGUCCCUGCACAGUGCGCGGCACAGAUUCGCUGUCCUACAGUGCUGGGCUGCCCAGAGCCCCUUAGGACCCCUGCCAGCCUCCCCUGGACGCCAGCUGGCCGCAGUGGCCUCCUCCAGGGACCCUACUGGGUCUACCAGGGUGCGCCAGAACUUUCAUCCUGACUGCGAGGCUGCCAUAAACUGCCAGAUCAACCUAGAGCUCUAUGCGUCCUACGUUUACUUGUCCAUGGCUUAUUACUUCUCCAGAGCCGAUGUGGCCUUGAAUAACUUCUCCAGGUAUUUCCUUCGCCAGUCCCUGGAGGAGAGGGAGCAUGCGGAGAAGUUAAUGAGACUGCAGAACCAGAGAGGAGGCCAGAUCUCCCUACAGGACAUCAAGAAGCCGGACAGGGACAACUGGGAGAGCGGGCUGUAUGCCAUGGAAAGUGCUCUGCUUCUGGAAAAGAAUGUGAACCAGUCACUGCUGGAGUUGCAUACUCUGGCCUCAGAAAAAGGUGAUCCCCAUUUGUGUGACUUUCUGGAAACCCACUACCUGAAUGAGCAGGUGAAGUCUAUCAAGGAGCUGGGUGACCAUGUACACAACUUGGUUACCAUGGGAGCCCCGGCUGCUGGCCUAGCUGAGUACCUUUUUGACAAGCACACCCUCGGAAAGGAGGACAAGAACUAA